AUGUCGCUGAACUAUGCGGAGUUUGACGGGAUUCUGGAGCUAAGUACCUAUCUAGUGGCGGACCUGUCGCGUGGAAAGUUCAGACGGCUGAGCCGCUCGGGGCUGAAGUUGGCCCGCCUCACACACAGCUCACCUGCGAAAGUCACCGAGGGGCAAAGUUCAGGUUCUUUGCUUCUCUCUGUCUACUCACCUCUUCUAGAUGCUCUCUCAGUCUUGAGGCAGCUUGAGUCCGGCAAGAUGGCAUCGCCAAAACUAGGCAUGCUGCAGAAGCUGCAGAAGCAGGGGAACCUGAAAGAGACUAUGAAAGAUAAUAAAAGAACUCACAACAAAGCCCAAUAUCCACCAUGUCUUUGUCUUGUGCCUGAGCCGUCGCCCACGUCCUCCGCUCCGCCAGUUCCAAAUUUCCCCCAACUGCAAUUGGUGCACGUCAUCAACCGCGACACGUUCCACAAAGAUAGAAUCCGCCCUUUUUGCCCGCGCUAA